GCGUGAAUUCAACUUACAGAUAGGUGGCACGUUACGAAAAUGGUGAAAGUGGUGGUGGUUUUGGACUUUGAUCGGACCAUAAUCGACGACGACAGUGACAGAUGGGUCAUCAACGAAUUGGGUCUCACCGACUUUUUCAACCAAAUCCGCUCCACCAUCCCAUCAUGGACAUCUCUCAUGGACACCAUCAUGAAUGAGCUUCACUCCAAAGGAAUCACCACAGAUAACAUCGCACAAUGCCUUCAACGUGCUUUCUUGCAUCCUAACAUCGCUUCCGCCAUCAAAUCUGCACAAUCUCUUGGGUGUGAUUUAAGGAUAAUCAGUGAUGCUAAUAUGUUCUAUAUUAAGACUAUUCUUGAACAUCAUAAUCUUUUAGGAUGUUUUUCAGAAAUCAAUACAAACCCAUCAUUUGUUGAUGAAAAGGGUUGCCUUCAUGUCACUCCAUUUCAUGAUUCAACAUUGCCUCCUCAUGGUUGUCAACUCUGCCCUCCAAAUAUGUGCAAGGGUUUGAUAAUAGACCGAAUCCGAGGUUCUUUACCUGAAAGUGAAGCAAGAUUCAUCUACGUUGGAGAUGGAGCAGGUGAUUAUUGCCCUACUUUGAAGCUCAAGGGAGGUGAUUUUGUGAUGCCUAGGAAGAAUUAUCCCUUAUGGGACAGGAUUGGCACUGACCCAAAACUAGUUCAUGCAACAGUUCAUGAUUGGAGCAAUGGGGAAGAGUUGGAGAACAUACUACUCAACCUUGUCAAAAAAUUAGUCACAUAGCUCAAAAGGUACAUGGCUGCAUGAAUUACACUCCCGUUCCUCCGAUAGGUAGCAUUGCUAGCACCUUAAACUCGAUUUGGUUCUCUGGACAAGUUGCAUUCUCACAAAUAAUUCCUGUUUCUAUUCCCUUUUCAACAUACAGAAAUAUUUGGAUGGAUCAAUAUUAGUAGAAAUCCAUCUAGCAUGCAUUGUUUUGUUUGUCCUUCAUAACUGGUUGGUGUGAUUUGUAAACAUCAGAAGGCAGAACUAUAAUACCUAAUGCUCCAGUUCUAUCAGAGAAUGAAAAACCACUAUUUUGGUUUUCAAAACAUUUCUCAAUUAGUUUUAAUUUUUUAAAGAAACAUACCUGAAUGCAUGCUUAUUUUUAUCCUAAUUAUGUAAUGUUGAUCAGUUAGUAGAAAAUUACUUUUUCUCUAUUUGCUCGUAUACAUCAGAAGGCUGAUGGUGCUCUACUAGAAACUUGCAUUUUUACAAAUUUCCUCCUGGUUGAUAGUAUAUUUAAGUGGGCGGCACACGCUAUUAAUUUGGUCCGUAAUUACAUUGAAAAUCAAAAUACAUCUCUGAAAGUGAACGGUGUCUAUCACAGUAUCGCUUGCGUUAGUCCAAAAGAUGACGUCUAUCAAUUGACGUCUCUGACUAUGAUGAUUUGCCACAUAGGAUGCCAACUGCUCUCCACGUAUGUGCCACAUCAAUAGGGACCAAAUUGCAAGUGUCUAAACAAACAACCUGAGUCUGGAAAAUUCAAUUUUGGCCCUCCAACUUUGAAGACUCUCUUGUCUAUUAUGUCUCAAGUUAAGGGGCAAUAGUUUCUAGUAUACUGGGGAAUGAGUAAAGGGUAACUGUGCCACAUUUAUCUAAAUUAAGCAUUUAAUUGUUCUAAA